AUGGGAAAGGUCAAAAGAUGGCAAUCUGAAGAGAUUGCUAGACUAAAGGAAAUUUGUAGCCGUCAGGAAUAUGUUCUUACACGUGGUCAAAGUAAUCCAUUCUGGGAGAAGGUCGCCGAUGAAAUGAAGGUAUACGGAUUCGAUCGUCAAGCAAAUGCCAUUUAUGUUAAAUGGAUGCGUUUGAAUCAACCACCUAAACCUAAAUCGUCGAAGAAAGGUCUAUCUAUUCCUUGGGACUACAGUGAUACGGAGGACGAAGAGAAAUACGAUGAGGAAAUUGAAGACUAUGAGGGAGAGGCUGACUCUCAAAGUGACGUUGGGUUCCAAACUGGAUCCAGAGACAAUGCUUCUAAACCUUGGGCGACAGGAGGCAACUGGUCCGAUGAAGAGAGUGAUAUUGCAUACCAAUGCAUCAAAAGCCAACGGGAUAAAGAGAAACAACUCAAACUUGAACCCGUCACGGCGAAUCAGAUUUGGCAUAUUGUUGCAAAGGCUUUAGAACAACACCAAAUCUACCGAAAAACUUCAAACAUUUACUCCUACUGGAAGAACAAGGGAAGGGAAAAGUACAACUUCGAUGAAAGAACUCUAGAUAUGAUUGAUAAAUCCUCGCGUGGAACACUUCGCGUUCGUGGAUGGAAGUCUGCACAGAAUUCUCCGGGGCAUACAGCGUGUCAAGUUGACCCUUGGCAUUCGAUUCGUGACUCCUCAAUUGAAGAAAAUUUUCAGAAUAAUAUAGAGGCUGAGAUGGUUAUGGGAGAUGUACAAGUCUGGGUUACACCUCAGCAGCAUGAUCUGCUGAUGAUUGAGUAUACAAAAUACAAUCGCCUAGAUAACCCCGUGGUGAACAAGUUGAUGGAGGAUACUGGUUUGAGCAGAGAGCAGAUCAAGUUGUGGUAUAGAAAUCAGAGAGCUAUAGAUGCGAAAAAAGCAGACUUUCAAAAGGAGGCUAAGCAACAGAACGAAAAAGAAUUACCCACUCCCAUUCUCGAUGAACCGGAGUUUCCUUGUACGGUAUUGAAGCGUUAUCGCGUGUCAGAUAUUGGUUAUCAUCGUCAAGAAGAGGAAGAACCAGCCAAAAGAGUUCGCCACAGCCUGGGCCCGGAGAUUUUGAUGAGAAAUCAUGGGGGAAUUCUGGUUGACUCAAAGUCUCAGGACAAACCCGAGACUUUUGGUCGCCGCUCAAGUAUACCAGAACCGAAUAAACCUUCAGCGAAUGAUGUUGCCAUAUCAACUAUCGAAGUCCAACAACCUUCUUUCAAGUCUGCACUACAAAGAAACAUUCCGGACAGUACAUCGGAUGUGACUGUCGUUAUGAAAGCAAAUCGGGAAUUGGAACAACAAAAAUUACAAGCGGCUGAGGAGGAAUACACACUAUUGAAACUCGCUAUGAUUGCUCACAAGGAAAGAGCAGAUCUGGAGCUUAAGGCUGCAGAUGCGAAAGAACGGGAGCUUACAGUCCAGCAGGAAAUCCGCGAGAAAGCCAUGAAGCGUAUUGCGAAGAUUGAAAGCUUCCUCGACGACUAUUAA